UCCUUUGAGUCUCUGUAACAUGCAUCUUGGUAUGUGUUGUAGACAACUCCUUUCUGCAGAAAUAAAUCAAACCUGAAGACAUCUCCAUUCUCACAUCUCUUUAUUUCUCACUCACUGUUGGUUGUUCAUUAUUACAAAGGAAAUUCAGUUUUUUGCUUAACAGUCGGCGAGUGUGGACAUUGGAAAUGACAGUACUGGGAGGGUAUCGUUUCUAACCAACCGGAUAUGACGCCAUAUGUUUGAGGUCACAGCUUGUGCACAGAGAAGAAGCCACAUUAGCUUAACCAUUUUUUUUAAACCCUGCUCUGCGUUUACAUGCGUUGAACUGGCACAAUUAGUGUAAUGGUUUGACCAGACCUUCAACAUUUUCUAACCCUUAAAGAGGUGAUAAACAUUAACGUAUUUUGAACGACGGAACCGCCAGCGAGCAGGCGAUGGUAGGAACAAUGUCCAGCCGCCUGGCCUUUCAGACCCAGCUGGCAUCCAUCAUGGAGGUCCUGGCUAACGCUGCAGUGGCGGAGAUCUGUAAGCUGGUGGACGACGACUUUGCUGUGGUAAGUUUGCAAAUGUCCCAGUGCCAGAGAGAGAACAAAGUCCUUAAGAGGAAGCUGCAUCUGCUGGAACUGAAGAUGGCCAGGGGGAAGGCCGAGAGGAGGCUCCGGGAGAGCGCCAUGAACAGCAUCCGACCAAAAGUGCAAAUUAACACUGCAGACAAGCUCCGGGAGUCCUCAGAAUCCAUCGGUAGUGUGUUUGAGCAACAGGUGGAUGUCUGGCCUGGUAGAGCUACAGCAGGAGACUUAUCCAGCCGGCCAAUCCAUUCUGACAGCAACCAGAGUAAGUCUCCGGACGUGGAGCUGGUGGAGCCAAAGGUGGUGGUUGUAAAGGAAGAGAAGGUAGAGGCCAACAUGUCACGCAUUGAAGAAACAGUCAAAGACAUUCCGCUUAUAGGUGAUCAUGGAAUGCUGGAAUGUGUCCCUCAUGCAGUGACAGGACAGAGACCCAGCCUCGGACAGCAGGGCACCCAGUCCAAGAUCAGCAGGACGACGUGUGCCAGCAGCAGCAGAGGAGUGGAGGUAGAGGAGCCAGAUGUGGUCCUGGUGAAGGUGGAGGAGAUAGAGCUGGUAACAGGAACUCAGAACCAGACAGGCUUAAGUAUCCAGGAGGGCUUGGUAGAGUCGAGCACCGAUGACUACAGAGGAGUGCUGCCAUUUGAUGAAAGCACACAAACCUCCACCAGUCAGACGUCUGACCUGCAGGAACCUGGAAGGUGCAUCUCCUCAGAGCCCACAGCCCCACAGCCAACCUCCAUUAUAUCAGAAGACUCCAGCAGUAUAGCUGACGUCCACCUGAAGGUCCCAGACACCAACACACCAACCAACCCUAACACACAGCAAAACCAACAUAAGAGAGUCAGUAUUCUCAACCAUCCCACCUCUCAAUACUCUCUGUUUGAACUGGAGACAUUCUUUACUCACUGGGCCCCUGAUAAAGACUCUGUACUGGCCCCCAGUGGCCCUUCAUGUUCUUUCACCAAUGAUGACACAGCAGAGUGUGACAAGGAUGGAGUUAUUUUCAUAGAGAGUGAACCAUCAGUUGCCUCUGCAGUGAGGAUGAGUGGAGGGCAGAGGGCAUCCUCUGCAGCUGGCCACUCUACAAUUCAAGCUCUGUCAACAGGGACAUCUCUGUCCAUACCUCUGAACAUGCAUGCUCCCUCUACCAAGUCUUCAUGGAGGCAAACACCAAGCAUGAUAAGUGCACAAACUCAGCUACUACAACAGCAUCAGAGCAGCAACAGGAUCCCAGACCAGCAGCAGCAGAGCAUUCCCUCUACUCAGGGCAUGUUGUCCUCCACUACAGCUUCUGACACCAACAGUGACAGUAGUGAUAAAGCAUAUGUCCCUUCUAUCAGCACAACAAGCAGAACAAUGUCUCUCAAACAACCUCUCAGAGGAUCCCUACCAGCACUGGCCAGCACUGAGGGGGCCGUUGCUGCACAUCAUCAAGCAAGGUUUCUGGCUCUCCACAAUAAAAGCCAGGUUGCCAGCAUCAUGCCCAGUGAGCAUCGCAGGAAGAACUACAUAUGCCGAGCUUGUGGCAAGGCUUUUUCUGGUCUGUCUAACCUGGAAGCACACAAGAGAGUCCACACAGGGGAGAAACCCUUCCGCUGUGACACUUGUGGGAAACAUUUCUCCGAGGCCGGAAACCUGAAGAAACACCAGAGAGUUCACACUGGGGAGAAACCCUUCAACUGUGACCAGUGUGGGAAGAGGUUCGCCUGGAUCUGCAACCUGAGGACACACCAGCAGUCUGCCACAGGCUGUGGACCACAGGCCAGAGGAGAACUAGAACUGUGAUUACACACAGUGGACUGUGGGUGACAGGACAGCUUAUGCCACUAGUAUCUGAUUCAGUAUUUGAUUUGACACAGGCACAUGGCAAUUUAUUCAAACAGUGGUACAACAACAAUAUAGAGUGUUCUCACUUAUUUUGUCUUUCAUUCUGUACUUUCCUGAUGUUUUAUCUUUGAUAUAUGAUGAAAUAUUGUAUGACUAAUAGCUCUCAGUUAAAGGAUAACACCAGUGUUUAUUGUGCUUUCGCUAAACAGCUACUACUGACAUCAGUACUGACUGUUUAACAAAGUAUGUUUUGUUGCUUUAGAGUUUUGGAUGCGCUAUUAUAGAUAGCUACUUUGAUUUAAUGGAGACUGAUUUGAGAGUUGGCAAUGCAACAUUAAGCCACUUAGAGACACUUGGACUUGUAUGAGUU